AUGGCGUUGGCAAAGACAGAGUCGGAUGACAGCUUGUCCAUCGUCAACCACCCAGCAUUACGGUUACCGGGACCCUGCUUGCUACACCUCCUGGUUCAAACAGAUUCUCAGGAUGGACAAGCCGCCGUUGAUUUCCUGAAAUCCGACGGCAGCCGGACAUCAAUUUCAUACACAGAGCUUCACCAUGCCGCCAAUUCACUUGCUUCACGAAUUUUGGCGCUGGCAGGACCGCCGAAGGAUUCAAGGCCGUUCGUGGUACCUGUUCUCAUACCCCAGAGUCCGAAACUGUACAUCACACUUCUGGCCAUUCUCAAGGCAGGCGGAGCGUUUUGCCCAAUGAACUUGGACGUGUCCUCGGAGCGUGCCAAUUUCAUCUUGGAGGACGUCGGCGCACAAAUCGUCGUCACCACGUCUGAUCUGGCAUCGAGGCUGCAGCAAGGCGGCCAAUCAGUCUUGAUCGUCGACGGCGAGGUGCCCCACGACGAGCCAGUGGCAGUUACACCACAUCGCAGACAGCCUGCGCAGACCGACUUGGCAUACGUGAUGUACACGUCCGGUUCAACAGGCACACCCAAAGGCGUGGGCAUCUCCCAUGACGCGGCGACCCAGAGUCUACUGGCACACGACCGCCACAUCCCACAGUUCUCACGGUUCCUCCAGUUCGCGGCCCCGACUUUCGAUGUCUCCGUCUUUGAGAUAUUCUUCCCCUUAUUCAGGGGCAAGACGCUGGUCAGCUGCACGCGCCCAACCAUGCUCAACGAUCUUCCGAGGGUCCUUCGGGAGAUGGAGGUGGACGCGUGCGAGUUGACGCCCAGUGUUGCUGGCAGUCUACUCCGCAAACGGGAAGAUGCUCCGGGGCUAUGUCUUCUUCUGACCAUUGGGGAGAUGCUCACGCAGCCGGUGGUCGAAGAAUUUGGUGGCAGCGAGACCCGGCCAAGCAUGCUCUGGGGAAUGUACGGGCCGACCGAGGCGGCAAUCCACUGCACCUUGCAGCCCGCAUUUACGCACGACUCGCCCAUUGGCAACAUUGGGGUUCCGCUCGACACAGUCUCAGCUUUCAUACUGAAUAUUCCAGAAGAAGAAAAGGAAGACACGACGUCAGCAUUGAAAGUUCUGCCUCGGGGGGAAGUCGGGGAGUUGGCGGUGGGCGGGCAUCAACUCGCCGAAGGGUACCUGAACCGGCCCGAGCUCACGUUGACGGUCUUUGUCGAUACUCCGUAUGGCCGACUUUACCGAACCGGGGACAAGGCGAGGAUGCGCGACGAUGGCACGAUCGAGUGCCUCGGCCGGAUUGCUCAUGGCCAGGUGAAGCUCAGGGGUCAGCGGAUGGAACUCGGCGAGGUCGAACAUGCUGCGCUGAGGACGCCGGGCUGCCAUUCCGCAGUUGCUGCCGUUGUUGAAUCGAUGCUGGUCUUAUUUUGCGCUGUGGAUGCUGGGAUAGCAGGCAUGGAAGCGGCAAUCAUGCAGUCGUGCAGGCGAUGGCUUCCCGGGUUCAUGCUUCCUGGCGAUAUUGUCGUUAUGCGGAGUUUUCCUCGCCUUGCAUCAGGGAAGGUGGACCGGAAGGGAAUGGUUGGGGACUAUAAGGCACGAACGGCGGGAGCAUUGCAGAGGGGGAUAUCUUACAGAGACGAGCUGCAGGAACAACUCUGCAAUAUCACAAGCAGGAGCCUAAAAAUUCAAGUACGGCCAGACCAAGAUUUGCUCAAGGCAGGUCUCGAUUCCCUGAGCGCAAUCAAGCUCGCCUCGGUGCUCCGGGAGGCCGGUUUCGAUGUUGGUGCGGUUGAUAUCCUCGAAGUAAGGACGAUCUCUGCUCUGCAUUGCCGGCUCCAGUCAGUCUGCCAGACUCGACCCUCAGAGAAAUUGUCCGAAGCGUCUCCUCUGAAUCUGGACGUCUCGAUAAUCAUGGCCAGCCAUCCAGCGCUUUCGAGACUUGGCCGAUCCAUAGAGGCUGUUGUUCCCUCCACGCCACUCCAGGCAUCGAUGCUUGCUGAGACCAUGGCGGAUCAUCGAGCCUACUGCAACUGGAUUGAGCUCAGUGUCCCCAGUACUUAUUCUGAGUCGACAAUCCGGUCUUGGUUUCUGCAACUGGCGCAGGCGAACGAGGUCUUGCGAACUGGUUUCAUCCACCACGGGGGGCAAUUCAUGCAAGUCGUCUUCGACACCUUCGACGAGUCAAACCUUUCGAUAACGGACUCCAUCAUCAGGGACUUCUCACUGAGUGAUGAUACAGACUAUGUUCGUCCGUUUCGGGUUCAGAUCAAGGCUCCUUCAUCACAGAACGGUGACGCGACGGUUGUACUGCAGCUGCACCACGCAGUGUAUGACGGCUGGUCUCUGGACCUCAUGCUCUCAGACCUCGCAGCGCUGACGCGGGGACAGCGGCUGAAUCCCAGACCUCAGUUCAGCCUGGUUCGGGCAUACUAUCAAUCAGCAGCCUUUAUGAGGGCUUGUGAUGAAGCGCGGGAGUUCUGGGCUGAUAACCUUCUCGGCUUUCAACCCCCAGCACUCCCCAUCCUCACUUCCGAGAUCAUCGAGUCGUCCAAGGUUCUGACCACGACCACGUCCGUUCACUGCUUCCCAGAGGACCUCAGAUUGGUUCUUCAACGCAUCGAUUGCGGCCCGCAAACGAUCUUCCAAGCAGCGCUAGCAUGGUUUUGGAGCGCAAUGGUAGGUAGCGGGGAUGUCGUCGUAGGCUCCAUACAAUCUGGAAGAACGGUGCCCGUCGCGAAGAUCGAAGAUAUCGUUGGACCAUGCAUCGCCUCGGUACCUAUCAGGACCAACUUGUGUCAGGUGCGGACGAUACGAGACCUGCUUGUCAGCGUACACGCGGGAAACAGGGCUACUCUUUCACACAGUGUCUUGCCCCUUUCUGAGAUUAAGCGGGCAGCCGGCAUCCGCUCAGGGCAGUCGAUCUACGAUAUCUUGUUCAUCUACCAGGAGUCACUUCACAGCAAGGACCAAAGUUUGAACAGUUUCAGACAAGUUGCCCACCAAGACUUCCUGGAGACAAAACUGCUGGUCGAGGUCGAGUCGAUGGAGAAUUGCUUUGACUGCCGUUUCACCUAUCACUCGAAUACGUUCCCGGAGGCUCAGGUUCGUAUCAUGGCGGACUCCAUCAGAGCGCUGAUUUCUCAUAUGCUCAAACACUUGGACUCGGAGCUCCCUUCCAUAAGUCAGGCUUUGCCGCAGGAACUGCUCUCCGUAUUCAAUCCCACUCCCACGACAUUUGUAGGAGUCCCAGAUUUGGCAUAUGCUGUCGAGCAGAUGGCUGCCGGUUCUCCUGACAAAGAUGCGGUGUGCUUUGCAGACCACAUUUCGGAUGGCGUUCUUACAGCAACAACCAUUACCUUUGCGGAACUCAACAACACUGCCAGCCGAAUCGCUUGGUACCUCAGCCAGCAGGGUGUUCGAGACGGGGGAGUGAUCGCCAUCGUCAUGGAGAAGUCGAUCCGACUCUACGCAGGCAUUCUCGCGAUUUUGAAAACAGGGUGCGCUUACUUACCCCUCCAACCCAGCACCCCUACGGCCCGCAUCAAUACUAUUGUUGAGCAGGCCGGCGUUACAUUAUCUCUGGUCGAUACUCGCACUCAGAAGAAGCUACAGCAGGACGUGUCAUGCACAUGCAACAUCGUCGACCUCCAGACUCUAGACCUCCAGUCGGCCGGUACGUUGACCACCCGUCCCACGCCAGAUCCCGACCGACUGGCAUACAUCAUUUAUACGUCUGGGAGCACCGGCGUUCCUAAGGGCGUCUGCCUGACACAGCUCAACAUCAUGAGCAAUCUGGAGGUGCUCUCAAAGAUCUAUCCAGUGAAAGAGGACGCAAGACUCCUGCAGUCCUGCUCUCAAGCAUUCGACGUCUCCGUCUUUGAGAUUUUUUUUGCCUGGACCCAGGGCAUGUGCCUCUGCUCUGCCACCAACGACACCCUCUUUGAGGAUCUGGAAAGGUCGAUCCGCAAACUCAACGUCACCCACCUCAGCAUGACCCCCACAGUAGCAUCGCUGGUUGAUCCAGAAAAGGUGUCCCGGGUCGAGUUCCUCGUCACGGCUGGCGAGGCCAUGACGGAGGUUGUUUCUCGCAAAUGGGGCGACAAGCUCUACCAGGGCUAUGGGCCGUCAGAGACGACAAAUAUCUGCAGCGUCAAGAAGAUGGGGCCGAAUCAGGUGAUUCAGCAUCUUGGAUGGUCGUUUGAGAACACUUCGACGCUCGUUCUAGCAAGGGACGGCAUGGGGGUGGUGCCAUUUGGCUGCCUUGGAGAGUUUUGUUUCGGUGGCGACCAAGUUGCUCAGGGGUAUCUCGGCAUGGAGGACUUGACGGCGGCCAAGUUCAUCAACCACCCCAGGUUUGGUCGAAUGUACAGAUCGGGCGACCUGGGUCGUAUGCUGCCGGACGGAUCAAUGGUCAUUGUCGGCCGCGCGGACGACCAGAUCAAGAUCCGAGGUCAGCGGGUGGAACUUAACGAGAUCAACGAGGCCAUUCGGCAGUCAGCCGAUGUGACUGACUGCGUCACUCUCUAUCUGCGCGCCGACCAGACGUUUGGCCGGGACCAGCUCAUAGCAUAUCUCGUUCCGAAACAACAUGAAGGCACACAGUUUGAAGUGCUGAAGGUCGGCGAAGACAUCGUCAAAGAGAUUCGGUCAUUGUACCGAGCCCUCGAGUCCCGACUUGCCUCUUACAUGUUGCCUUCCGCCAUCGUCCCCAUCUCGGUUCUGCCUACCACCGCCUCGGGAAAGCUGGAUUGGACAAGGCUCAGGCAGACCUUCCAAGACCUCGGGAGCGACUACUUGGAACUCGUCAGCCAUGGAACUGACAGGGAGCUGGACGUAGACCAGGGAGAAUGGUCGGAUGUCGAAAUCCAGGUUGCCGAGGGUAUUCACAAUGCCUUGAACGUCAGCAGAGACAAAAUUCGGAAAUGGACGCCCUUGACCUCGCUGGGACUGGACUCGAUCUCCGCGAUUCAAGUAUCGAGAUACUUGCAGAAGCAGCUCCAUGCACGGCUCCCGGUAUCACUCAUUCUGCAGAACCCAAGCGUUGCCAGACUCGCAAAGGCGCUGCCCCAGAUACAUGUCUCUAAUGUACAGCAAGACGAGGCAGCUCAGUUUCUGCCAAGACACAUUGCUGAAAAGGUCAGCCAACGCUUAGUCCAAGGUGGGAAGCAAACAUCGAAGAUCCUGCCUUGCACCCCUCUUCAGGAGGCGAUGCUUGCGACCUCAGAUGGCAAGGCACAAUAUCUCAACCGCAUGCUGUUCCGGCUCAAUGGGCACGUGUCUCGUUUAAGAGACUCUUGGAAGGCUAUGGUUAUCCGGCACGACAUACUGCGAACCUGCUUUGUGUCAACAUACGACGGGAGCUGGCCCAUGGUGCAAGCUGUCCUUGAUCAGUGGCAAGCCCCUUGGCACCAAUUCAACGCGUCUCAGGUUGGCCUCGAGGAGUGCAUUUCGCAACAUGCUCAAGCGGUGCCAUACGCCAUCGACUCGUUGGAACCCGCGGUAUCUUUUGCAACAAUCAGGCAAGGCGACGAUGUUCUCCUGUCAUUCAUCUGCCAUCAUGCCUUGUAUGACGGGAUGGCCAUGGAGAAGCUCCUCUUCGAAGUCGAGCAGCAUUUCUAUGGCUUGUCCCUUCCACAGGUUCCUGCUUACGAGCGCUUCCUUCGGAAAGCCUUGACGUUGCCGGCCUCGACUAACAGCUUCUGGCUGACGCACCUGGACGGUUAUCAGCGGAAACUGACAGCGCAUCUGACCUCGAAACUGGCUAACACAGAGUCUCGCUCAGCAGCUGAGCUAGACAUCCCCUUGUUGGAGAUUCAAACACGAAUCAAAGCGUUGGGAGUGUCACUUCUGGCACUCACCCAGUCGGCCUGGGCACGUACCCUUGGAUGCCUGUUCCGCACCAACGACAUCUGCUUUGGGAACGUUGUGAACGGCCGGUCUCUUCCCGUCGAAGGUAUCAACGAGCUGGUGGCGCCGUGCUUCAACACGAUUCCAAUCCGAAUGAACCUGUCCCGCAGGCAACGCAACCUCGACCUCAUGAAGGCGUUCCAGGCCAGCAACGCUAAGCUCAUGGAGUACCAGUUCACGCCUCUUCGCCGUAUCCAGUCUUUGCUUUCUCAGCAUAGCACUCGGCGUUUGUUCGAUACCCUUUUUCUCUUGCAGCAGUCGCCUCGAGUUGUUGAUCAGUCGCUUUGGGCUUUGGAGAGGGAUGACGGAGAGAUGGAUGUCCCCCUUGUCUGUGAAGUGAUACCAGAUGGUAAUGUUGACCGUCUUUUCGUUAAAAUGCAUAGCAUAGAGGGUCAGCCGCUCCGCCACGGGAUUGUUGAGCUGGUUCUCGAUCUGUUUUCUCACGCCUUGAAUAACUGUCUUCAAUUUCCCGGGUCUCAUUCGGCUCUCGACGCCAUGCCUCGCGAGCUAGCAGAGAGGCUGUCCCGAGUCGAGUACCAACCCCCGCAACUCAAACAUGACACCACCCAGCAAGGGGCCACGACUGAAGAAUGGACACCUAUGGAAAGGUCAAUUCGGUCGGUGCUGGCCAAACUUUCUUCUACCAUUUCGGAGCGUAUUGGCCGCAGCACGACCAUAUACCAGCUUGGCUUCGACAGCAUCAGUGCGGUCCAAAUCGCCUCGAUGCUCCGAAAGCUUGGUCACCGAAUCGUUGCUAGCGACGUGAUUGAGCACCCAACAUGCGAAAGCCUUGGUCGACAUCUGGAGACGCGCGCUUCAGAUUCAGGCGUUACUCCAGGAUAUGACCUCGGCCCCUUUCAAUCGCACGUUCAGCCGCAGAUUUCGGCCCAGGGGAUUUCGUUGGAGCUCGUUGAGGCAGUCCUUCCGUGCACGCCCCUUCAGUCCUCCAUGAUGGCACAGUUCAUCAGAUCAGGGGGACGAGACUACUUCAACUUCAUUGACUUUGAACUGGCAGAUGCCAUUGACCACGCCAAGCUCGCUGAUGCCUGGCAAGCCAUCACCCUCAUCCAUCCUCUUCUCCGGACUGGAAUUGUUCCUGUUGAGCACGAGGAUUCGGCAUUUGCCAUGGUCCAAUACCGCGCGAACAGGUUCGUCCCUGCGUUGGCAAUCCUCUCUGGGGAGCAAGCUGAGUCCUUCGACCUCGAAACUUGGCGGGUUGCCGCUGCUCAAGCUGCGAGUGAAGCCCCUUAUUCGCAGUUCUGGAAAGUGGCCAUUACGGAGUCCGCGCAGAGCGCGACGAUGCACCUCGCAAUCCACCACGCGCUGUAUGACGCAUACUCUCUCCAACUUGUUCUCGAUGACCUGUCCAAGAUGGCCAUGGGCGGCGUGCUUUCCCCCAGAGCUGCUACUCAAGAAGCCGUUGCGGACAUUCUUGGUCAAGUUUCUUCUGCAGCCGAGAGCUCAGCGGGUUUUUGGAGGAGCCUAGCUGACAGGGUGGUCGUCAAUGGGUUCCCAGUGAUGACGCCGCUAAGACAGACGAGCCGGCAUAUCCUAACGGAAUCAGCAAUGAGCGCUGCUGCCUUGACCGCAUUGGAGGAGGCGGCAUCAGGGUCAGGCCACACUGUGCAAGUCAUUCUUCAGGCGGCUUGGACUCGGGUGCUCUCGGCCUAUCUUGGCGAACAGUCUGUUGUCUUUGGCGUCGUUCUCUCUGGGAGGAACACGGAAGCCUCGCGCAACGCCAGCUUUCCCUGCAUCUCGACACUACCGGUGAUAGCCACCAACAUGGCGUCAAACCGAGCCCUGUUGGACCAGAUGCUGCAGUACAACACCGAACUCUACAAGCAUCAGCACCAGCCCCUCACCCGCAUCCAGCAGUGGCUGGGAUGUCCCGAUUCAAGACUGUUCGAUACGCUCCUAGUCUACCAGAAACUUGACCGCGAGACGUUGGAGCGAAGACCUUGGCGAAUUGUGAACGAAAGGGCCAGUGUCGACUACCCAGUGUCAAUCGAGGUGGAGCCCCAGGCUGGAGAUCAGCUCGGGUACCGCAUUACGUUCUUCAGUGACGUCCUUAGCAAGGAGCAGGCACAUCUCCUUCUGAAGCAAUUCGACGCAACGGUCCGGCAGCUCGCGCAUAACUCGAAUGGGCAAGAAGCGGAUCUUUUUAGCUCAACGCCCGAACUCUUCUCCAUUCUCCCGCCAGAGCUGCCCGAGAUCCCAACGACGGUGAAGUUUCUUCAUCAGUUUGCGGGACUCCAGGCUUUGAGAGUUCCCGACAACACGGCGCUUUACUUUGUGGAGAAAUUUAACCACAACGAGCCGGUUGGGCGCAAAUGGACCUACAAAGAGCUCAACGAGAAUGGUAACCGAGUCGCGCAGAUGUUGCUACCCCACGCCAAACCCGGGGAUAUCGUGGCUGUCUAUCUCGACAAGUGCCCUGAGGCCUACUUCUCCAUCCUGGGUAUCCUCAAGGCUGGAUGUGCUUUUCUGGCACUCGACCCGGGAGCGCCACGGUCGAGGAAUGAAUUCAUCCUUCAGGAUUCUGGCGCCUCGGUCUUGAUAACCUCGAGGCAGAGGAAGGACAGCAAGGAGCUCACCGUUGCCGCGCCUGUCCUUGGCAUUGAUGAAGAGUCUCUGCCUACGAUGUCAGCCGAUCCCCCUAUUCUCAGCAGAGAAAUUAAGCCCAAUGACGUCUGCUACUGUCUUUACACAUCGGGGACAACCGGAACACCAAAAGGCUGCGAGAUAACCCAUGACAACGCGGUCCAGUGCAUGCUCGCCUUCCAACACAUCUUCAAGGGCCACUGGCAGGACGACUCGAGAUGGCUGCAGUUCGCCUCGCUGCACUUCGACGUUUCGGUCCUGGAGCAGUACUGGAGUUGGUCUGUGGGCAUAACCCUCGUUGCGGCGCCGCGCGACGUCAUAUUGGAAGACCUCGCUGGUACCAUCUCCCGCCUCGAGAUUACCCACAUCGAUCUCACUCCAAGUUUGGCGCGGAUGCUCCAUCCAGACGAGGUGCCGACCCUCUGCAGAGGCGUUUUCAUCACGGGAGGAGAGACGCUGAAACAGGAGAUCCUUGACGUCUGGGGUUCCAAGGAGGUCAUCUACAAUUUCUACGGCCCUACCGAGGCCACCAUUGGUGUGACCGUCUUUCCCCGGGUGCCAGCCACGGGCCGGGCGUCCAACAUUGGCCGGCAAUUCGUCAAUGUUGGUUCCUACGUGCUCAAACCCGGCACUGAGCAGCCUGUGCUCCGAGGAGGGGUGGGUGAUCUAUGUGUCUCGGGGCGGCUGGUCGGCAAAGGCUAUCUCAAGCGUGACGACCUCACAUCGGAAAAGUUUCCCAUUUUGCAACACUUCCAGGAUCGGGUCUACCGGACGGGUGAUCUCGUUCGUGUCCUCCACGACGGGUGCUUCGACUUCCUUGGAAGAGCCGACGACCAAGUCAAACUCCGCGGCCAGCGUCUCGAGAUCGGAGAGAUCAAUCACUGCAUCCGAAAAGGGGUCGAUGAGAUCAGAGACGUUGCUACUAUGGUGGUUCGGCAUGAGGUGCAGCAGAAGGAUCUACUCGUCUCCUUUGUCGUGUCUGACGACGAUAGCAAACAGGGGAAGCCUGGUAGGCAACUUGAGGUCAUCAAGAGUUUCGAGGCAGCGGAAUUGUGUCGACGGGCUCGAGACGCCUGCCGGUCCAAGUUGCCCGGCUACAUGGUCCCAACCUACGUUCUGCAGCUGCCGUUCAUCCCGCUCUCGGCAAACAACAAGGCUGAGAUCAAGGAACUUCGCAAGCUUUUCGCGUCUCUUGGGCAGGACAAACUCAUGACACUUUCUUCCUCCACACAUAAGACCCGUGGGAGACUCAGCACGGUUGAGGCGAAGGUUGCAAAGGCUCUUGGCACGAUGCAAGGGAUCGGCAUGAACUCCAUUACCCCUGAAUCCAGCAUCUUCGAGCUGGGCAUCGACUCCAUCUCGGUUCUUCGGUUUUCUCGGGCCCUGAAGAAGGACGGAUUUCCGCACGCCAGCCCGUCCUUGAUUCUGCAACAUCCCCUGAUUGGAGACUUGGCUGACGCCUUGGAGCUACACAAACCGAUUUCCAACCAUGAUUCUGUCGCGGCAGCAAGGCAGCUGGUUCAAGCUUGUGCGCACAAGCUUAGACCACUCGUCUGCCGAGAGCUGGGAGUCAUGCCUGACCAGAUCGAGUAUAUCGCGCCGUGCUCGCCCCUGCAGCAAGGCAUGAUCUCAAGGUCGGCGACGGAGAGCGCCUAUCUCAAUACCUUCCGAUUCUCUCUUUCGCCGGACGUCUCAACUGAAGGCUUGCACAGUGCGUUGCAGAGAUGUGUGAAAGCUCUACCCAUCCUCAGGACGAAGUUCGUCGGCACGACCGACGGGUUCGUCCAGGUGGUCAUCAGAGGAGCUCCUCUUCCCUGGAGAGAGAUUUCACUCGAGGCAGAAACGGCCAUUGGUGACGGGAUCCGAAAGACACGGGAUGCCUGGAUCGCACGCAACAAAGAAUGCCUUCCUCAGCCGCUGGAAUGCGUCCUCAUUACCAGUGGAGGCGCUCGCUUGCUUGUCCUUCACAUCUUCCACGGUCUCUACGAUGCAAAUAGCUUCAAGCUCAUUCUAGACCGGGUGGUCACGGAGUAUUUCCAUCCGAGUGGUGAAGAAUGUCAAGAGGCCGACCUUGCCCCUGGGCCGUCCUUCCUCGACGCAUUGUGCUACGGGCCUUUGCAAGACUUCAGCAGCAGCAAGUCAUUCUGGAUGAAGCACCUUGAGGGCGCAAGGCCUAUCUCAUCCCAUCGCCCAAGCUCUAUGGUUGUUACGAUCCAGCGCGAGGUCCGAUUUAAGCCUCUCGAGGCUGCGAGAACAAGCCUUCGAGUCACGCACCAAGCGUUGGUGCAAGCAGCCUGGGUGAGCGUCUUGGCGAGCAACUUUGUGUCCGAUCCAACAAUUGGCAUUGUCGUUUCUGGGCGCAAUAUUGAGCUAGACGGUGCUGAGGGUGUUGUUGGACCGCUGUUAAACACUCUCCCUUUCCAUGCACACAUCACAACGAAGGGCGAACUUACUUGGUCAUCGCUUGUUCGACAAUGCCACGACUUCAACAUCGCGGUCCUCCCGUUCCAGCAUGUUCCGCUACGCGACAUCCAAAAAUGGUGCUCCGGAGGCAAGCCGUUGUUCGACACUCUGUUCUCUUUUCAGCGGGAGGAGGGAACAGUCAUCGAACAUCACGCCUUGUGGACUGUGAUCGACUCGGAACCCAAUGCCGACUAUCCGCGGGCUCUUGAAGCAACUCUGUGCGUUGACGGCCGUCUACGCCUGCUCCUUACUGUUCAGCAAAGUGUUCUCGAUUCUCCCGACAGCUUGACCAGAAUGAUGGACGGGCUUGAACAAAAGUUGGCCGCCAUUGCAAAUAAUCUUGAUGGUCUCGUCUCUCUUAAGGCGACUAUGCCGGCUGACGGGCUGGAAGCUGGCCCGGCUUCAGAUGGACACCCAACAAGCACGGUCACAAACGGGCACUCGGAUCAAGACUCUAGAUUUACCUGGACUGACGCCGCCGUCACGAUACGCAAUGAGAUCGCCGCCCUUGCCGACGUCCACCCUGGGUCAGUGGACGAAAGAACACCUCUCUUUGGCCUGGGACUCGACAGCAUCGACGUCAUCAAGCUGUCUGCGAGGUUGAAGAGGCAGGGACUUGGCAUCAAGACCAGCGAGUUGAUCAAAGCCCAGACAAUCCAGGCCAUCGUGCAGCAACUUCAGACCUGUUCUCUGAGCGGGACCAAGGAUGCUUCCAGAGCGCGGAAGAUCUCGGAGGUUACGUCUGUAUUGCGGCAGCAUCUCGGUGGCGAGCUUGUUGAGGGCGAGGUGGUGCUUCCGACAACCCCUCUUCAGGAGUCGAUGGUCGCGGAAAUGAUUGCGUCGGACUUCCGGUUCUACUUUAACCACGACAUCUUGGAGUUUGCACCGCCCACCAACGUGAAUAAGCUCAAAGACGCGUGGAGGACCGUUAUUGCAGGGUCGCCUAUUCUACGAACCAAGUUCCUCCCUGUCGAGACCCAAUCUCUGAAGACCUCGUCCUGCCAAGUCAUUGGACAGGGUACUUCUGUUUACAUGGCCGAUGUCUCCUUGGACACCACCGACGAGCUGGCAAAGGUCUGCGAGUCGGCUACUGUCCGAGCCCGGGAGGGAGCAGGGCGGUCAAAUCUCCUUCAACUGGCCUUUGUCAGCGUGGAAAGCCAGCGGUUCUUGGUGCUAUCCCUCGCUCAUGCGCUGUACGAUGGAUGGUCCCUCAGCCUCAUCCAUCGGAAUGUGCAAGCUGCCUACGAGGGCAGAUAUCAGGCUCAGACCCUCGAGUCUUAUAUCAGUCAAGUUCAGGGCAUUGUUAUCGCCGAGAACGAUGAUGCUUCGGCAUUUUGGGCUGGGUUCCUACAGGGCGCCACUCCAACUAUCAUUCAGGAGAUGGAGACUGUUAGGGGGUCUGUUCCCAAUGUGGUCUACAGGGGUGAAAUCACCUCAACACUCCCAUUGUCCGAGAUCACGGCGUUCUGCAAGGCUCAGGCAAUCACAGUGCAGACGCUGGGCCAAUCCUGCUGGGCUGUCAUGCUGGCGGCCAAGACGGGGUCUCUGGAUGUCACGUUCGGCGUGGUACUCUCCUGCCGCGACUCCGAGGUCCUGGAAGAGCUGGUCUUCCCAACGAUGAACACAGUCGCUGUGCGAAGCGUCCUGCACGGUACCAUUUCCUCCUGGCUGCGGUAUAUGCAGGAUAACAUGAGCAGUAUCGUCGCUCACCAACAUUUCCCUCUGCGGGAGGCCCAGAAGUUGGCGAAGUGCAAUGGGCUGCUCUUCAACACGCUGUUUCUCCAGCAACGACGCCCGCCAUUGCAUCAUCAGCAAGGGAGUGAGGUUUUGAUGCGGUCAGUUGGCGGGGAGGCAGCGGUGGAAUACCCGGUGUGCGUGGAGAUGGAGAUGACGGAGAAAGCUCUCGUCUGGAGGAUUGCUUGUGACGGGGCUUAUGCCUCGCAGGUGGAGACAUCCCGCAUGCUUCGAGAUCUGGACCAGGUUCUCGGAUAUGUCGUCCGCUCGCCAGAGGCGCAGGCUGUUGCGUUCUUUGGACAGGAGAUCUCUGUUUGCGGGCUCGAUCCCGUACUUCCCAAGACGGCGAAGAAUACAGCGACAGCACACCUAAACGGAUCAGUCGGGACCGAGAACGAGGCUUGGUCUCCUGAAGAAGAGAUCAUCAGGGAUGUGUUGUCACAGGUAUCAGGGGUUCCUGCUGCGACCAUCCUGAAGAGCAACACCAUCUAUCACCUGGGUCUGGACUCAAUAAGCGCCAUCAAGGCAGGCUCAGUCCUUCGGAAGAGAGGAAUUUCAAUAGGGUUCCGAGACAUGCUCAAGGGGGGGUCGAUAACCGAGAUGGCCCAGCUUGUCCGGAAGACUCAACCAUCACCUGCCAAUCCAUCUCAAGUCAACCACAACACUGGCUCCACGAACGGAUUUGCACUUCCCGCAGAUGUUGACCUUACUUCCAUCCUCAGCAGUAUCGGGCUUGACGAAUCCAAGGUCGAAGACGUCCUCCCAGCAUCGGCCAUGCAGGUGCACAUGCUCUCGGUCUGGCAGAACACCGGGGGCCAAGUGUUCUACCCCUGCUUUACGUACGCCCUGUCCGGACAAGUUGACAUCAGCACCAUCGCAGCCGCGUGGCGAGCGCUGGCGGCCGAGAUUCCCAUUUUGAGAACCGUGUUUGUUUCGACGAACUCGCAAUCAACGCCAAUUCUCCAGGUAGUGCUUCACUCUACAGCCGUCGACCAGACGACGAUGGCCUCGCCUGAGGGCAACACAUGGGUCAGUCGGACGACAGACGAGCUGUCACAACCCUACAACUGCCUGCAUACGCAGAAAAACGGCGAUAGAUGGAUUCUGCGACUCAAGAUACAUCACGCCUUAUACGACGCUGUCAGUCUGCCGGCCAUCAUGGAACGGUUUGCUGCACUCUGCUCCAACAACAGCAGCCCAGGUCCGGGCAGUCAGCAAUUCAACUGGCGUGGUGUUCUCGCCCCCACCUCGACCGAGGAAAGCCGGUCUGAACGGAAGAGGUUCUGGACAGAGUACCUCUCUGGCAUCGACCCAGCCUCAACACUAUGCUUCCCCCAGCAAACCAAGCAGGACCGCCACUCCCGUGUCAACCUCAUCAAACCGGCCGCUCUGACGGGCAUAUCCGCCAUUACGAAGCAGUGCAAAUCCAAGGGUAUCAGCCUCCAAGCCCUCUUCUUCGCAGCGUACGCACACUUCCUCGCUUCCGCGGCUGUCACGAAUGGCAAAGAAAAACCUCGGCGCGUGGUCUUUGGCAUCUACCUCGCCAACCGAGCCGGGGACACCAACACCAAUCUUGGCGGGACAAGUUACCCCUCUCUCCGCCUCGUGCCGCUGCGCGUUGUGUUGAAGGAAGAUGCGAGCUUGUUUGAGAUCGCGGCAGAAAUACAGAGGGAUAUACAUGCCAUUUCGGCGCCGGGGUUUGUGGAGGUUGGGUUGUGGGAGCUUAGGGAGUGGACGGAGGUUGUUGUGGAUUCGUUUGUCAACUUCUUGGGUGCCAACCUGCAUUCGCCGGUUGUUGUUAUUGGAGAUGGUGAGGAGGAGGGGGUGCGGUUGGAGGUGGUUGAGGGGCCGGUGCUGGAUUUGAGUCGGGGUGCGUCUGUCGAAAUCGAUGAUGGGUUCGGAAGGGGAGUGGGGAAAGAGAUCGCCGGGAAUCCGGUGAGGGAUGUGUUUAUGGAUGCUAUUGACGUGGAGGUUUCGGUGCGUGGAGAUGACAUGACAAUUGGCGUCUUCGGGCCAGGAGAGAGGCUGGGAGGUACUGGAGCGGCCAGGGUGAUUGAGGGCGUUGUUGAGGGUUUGAGGGGAGUGGUUUAA